CCCUUCUCUCAUCUCAUUGGGUAUAAAAGGAAAAAGUAAAAUACACGUAAGGGACAAAUCUAAUGCUCUAAUCCGAUACUUACAUGCCCAGAUCAGCAUACUGUUUCAGAGGUUGGAGAUCAAGCAUUCUUCCGUCAGAAGAUAAUAAUAAUUCCACCAGGUUGAAGAUGGUGCACCAAGAAAGUGAGGUCGAUGUUUCGACCUCGAAUUUGAGUGCUGAAGAUAAUGUUGCUGCUGAAACCCCUUUAGUGGGAACUGAAUUGUCCAAUCAUCCAGUGGGGAUGGAUGUAAUGCCAACUGAGAUUGUUCCUCAAAGUGAGCAUAAGGUGGAGAAUACGUUGGAUGAACUAGAAAAUGAGAGCAAAGAUGAAGAAAUGUGAAUGAAGAAGAGGGAAAGGGUGAAGGGCUUUAUGAUGAUGAGGAUGAGGAGGAUGACGAUGUUGAUUAUGAUUAUGAUGAUAAUGAUGAUGAUGCUUUGAUGGAGGAAGGAAGUGAGAUAGAAAAUAAAGAAAAUGACAUAUGUGAAGUUAAAGAUAACAACAAGAGUACAACUGGUGAAGAAAGUGAGAAUGAAGAAAAAGAGUGCUGUAGCUUGGCCCCAAAGAUGAAGAAGGCCGGGAACAAGAAUGGAAGGAACAAGGUGGUAAAUGAGGAAUUGGGUAAAUUGGCUUCUAAAUGUGAAGCUAAGUUAGAAGGAGGUGAACACAAUGUUCCAUUUGUGAGAGAAGACGGAAAGAAUGCAAGAGCAGAGAUUGAAGAGAAAGGUGAAGGAAGUGCAAAUAAGAAGGGUAAGAAAUCGAGGAAAAGGAAUAGAAGGAAGGUUAAAGAAGGGAAUGCCGAGAAAGUGGCCUCUAAAUCCAAGGAUAAGCUCAAACCAUCAGGCAAGAAAAAGACUUUGAAGAAGGCUGCGAGCAUGGGAAUGAUAUUCAUGUGCAGCUCUAAGACAAAAAGGGACUGUUAUCGAUAUAAGGUUCUUGGUCUACCUGCUAAUAAACGAGAUAUAGUAGAAAAAGUAUAUAAAGGGAUGAGGCUUUUUUUGUAUGAUGUUGAUCUAAAAUUGAUGUAUGGGAUCUAUAAAGCUGCAGGACCUGGGGGCUAUAACAUUGAACCAAAGGCAUUCAAGUCCCAGUUUCCAUCUCAGGUUCGCUUUAUUGUUAUGGAGGAUUGCAUACCAUUGGCAGAGGACAAGUUUAAGAAGGUGAUUAAAGAAAAUUAUUUCACAAGGACCAAAUUUGACUGCCAGUUGAAAUCUGAGCAGGUGAGGAAAUUGUGCAAGCUUUUUGUUGCUGUGAGCAAACGCCCCAGGUCCAAGGUUUGGAUAGGGGUUUCAAGGAGAAGACUUAUGCAUCGAUAGGUCAGGAUAGGCUUAGAGUUCUAGACAUAGAUGAAGAGAGGCGCUCUGCCUUGGAUGAGAAGCGUCAAUACCCUCGUAUUCAUCAAAGGGAAGUAAUUGCAUCUCCGCUGGACCCAGUGCACCGAUUUGCUCCUUUACGUCCGCCAGCUGCUGCUCCAUUAUAUGCCUAUGACAGGAGUACUGAAAGAGAUGCUUACAGGCAGAACCUGUUGUCAGAGCAUCGUGAUUCCUACAGACGACGACUGCUGGAGU